AUCUCUUAAUGUAUUCCAGCCAUAAAGAAGUGGGAUCUUCUCUCGCUUCGCCUAAACGUACUCACGUACCGAGUUGACACCAACUGUCAGAUCGCAGCUAUUUAUACCCCUCUCCUUGACUUCAAACAAAGUGGUUUAAUUCUCUGGGACUGACCUUGACAAUGGAGCCUUUGUACAGUGCUGGAUGUAGUUAUUAUUAUUCCCUUGCAGGUGUGCCAGAAAUCGGCACUGACUCCGUGUACCUGACCUGCCUUACGCUCACCAAGUCCAGCAACCACUCUGGCCUUCUGACGUCGAGCAUUCUCAUUUUCUGCGCUCUUCUGUAUAGAUACACUAUAACACCCGCUUUCCUCAGCAAGGUAUACGGAUCCAGUUACACACGCCUCCAGCCAUCCCAGCAGAAAAAGUUUCGCUUGCAUCAUGUCGGCUUGGUGUUGAAGAUGAUCUCCCUGAUAUUGAUUAUAUUGCCUAUAUUCUGGGUGUUUGUACGAGGCUUCCACUGGAGUGAGCCAUUAUACAACAACUCCAGGAUAGACCUUGGAGAUCUAGCUUUCAUGUCGAUUACCACCGUUGCUGCCUUAUUCAUAUUCCAGAUGUUAUUCGAAGAGGAAACAAAGCUCGUCCACAUUGUACAUCACAUAUGUGGCAUCCUAGCUAUCCAGGGAAUCCAAGUUUGGGGGGUCAGCAUCCCUGUUAAUAGACUGCUUUCCCUGGCUAGCUUCGCUAAAGUCGCAGAGAUGUGCUUAUUGUGGAUACUGUUUUCCGGUGUGUACAGUGUCCUCACGACAUCCAACAACAUCCUCAGGAGGAGUCUUUCUCCGGGAGGGGCAUUACUUCAUCGACUGUAUUACUUUACGGCUUACAGUACCUCAGCCAUUACUGUGGUGGAAGCAUUGGCGGUCCUUUACCCGACACUUUCGGGAUCCCCCCAGUCUGAUCUGUCUCUGAAAGUGGUUAUUUUCCUACUCCAGGUGCUAUUUACAGGGAGCAAGGCCCUGACCACUAGAACAUUUCUUUCGAUGGGCAAGGAGCAGAAAAGGCAAUAUGAGACACACCCCAUAAAGACUCUUAUUGCUCGCGAUGGCGAUGGGAAAACUAAGUAACGAGCUGUUUACGAGUUGAUUUUAAACCCAACACAUUUAUUUAUUGAUUGCCGAAUGGGACGCAUCAUUUAUACGUUCCGAUGUCUGUUGAUUUCAGCAACGGGAUUGUUUAUCAAAAGCAGGGCCUGAAUUAAACACCAUCGCCCGGAUAUCAUAUCUCGUCGAAGUGUGGAAGGCAGCUAGCCGGUGUCUUGGGGCUUGUUUUACUUUACCAUGACGUGUCU